AUUCUGCACGGAUUACUGGACAAUCUCUCUCCAACGGUUUGGUAUAAAAGGCCUCGGCGCUGUUUCCACUGUAUCAGACAUCAGUCGACACUUCCAGUCCACUCAACAACACAAGCACUAGAAUGAACGUUUUAAUCAAAGCUCUUGCCCUCUUGGCUAUGAUCCUCGUUCCGGCUAUCUCAGGCCGUGUCUUGAAAGGUUGGCCCGCUGCUUUGGAUGACGACUUCCAGGACAGAGCGGAUCUAUCGGAAGCUCGCGUCGAAGGCCGUGGGGAAGCUAGAGAAGAACCUGUUGAAACUAUGUUAAAACAGCUGGAAGGCCGCGAUUUCACUCCGUCCAAAGAGGCAUUUGGAAAGCAAGCUGAACUCCACGGAGUUGAAGCUACAAGCGGUGACCAAGGCUAUUUCCAGAGCUUUGCUCCGAGAGAAAUUGUGCUAGACGACAACCAGAGCAUCGAGUCGCGAUUCAACUUUCCGGACUUCCCAAAGAUGGACUUCCCUUUUGACGCACCCUUCGGUGGUGAACGCCAACAACAACAAUAAACAUUUGUGUUAAAGAGAGAAACAAAUGAGACCGCAGCCGGCUAGAAUGGCCUUGCCCAAUCUAUCGUACCCAAAUUACGGACACGUUUAUUUUUAUUUUUUCUUUAAACUUUGUUUAAUGGCAUCCUCUAAAUGUUUGCCUAGAGGAAAAAACAUUAAGAAAAUUAACUACUCUGCUCUUUCGAUGUCAUAAAGGAGCUGGUUCUCUAAGAAACAAUAUAAAAUUUAAACAAAA